CCCGCCUCCCCGCGGGGCCGUGUCCCGGGGCGGAGCCUGCGGUGCCGGGGCCGUGCGGGCGCUGCGUGCCCCGGCCCGGCCGGUCCCGGGGGGGGCCAUGUCUCGGUGCCGGCGCUCCGGGGAUCGGUACCGGUACCUGGUGUUCUGGCAGCGCCCCAUGGUGCCGCUGGGGCUGCUGCAGCUGGCGCUCAGCGCCCUCUGCGUCGUCAGCGGCUUCGUGGACGGCGUCUUCAGGACCGAGUCCGCGCUGGGCAGGACCAGAGCCCCGGUGUGGGCCGGCAUGGUCAUGGGAGUCCCGGGCGUCCUGGCUUUGUUUUCCUCUCAGAGAAAGAACCCCAUUCUCGUGAACGUGCUGAUAGCUGCGUCUAUAAUCUCUUGUGUUGCCAUCCUCAUUGUGAUAGCUUAUGGCUCCCUGACGCUGGGCUAUGGGGAAGAGGAGGACCUAAGCUCCCACCCAGCCCACGUUAUCCGCACGAAGUUCGUACUUAGCAAAGUUGUCAAGGGUGCUAGCAUCACGAUGCUCGUUGCAUCGAUCUGCAGUACUGUCGUCGUGACGAUUAUUGCUUACUUGGGAUGCCGAAGUCUUCCGUGCUGCGCGUGCUAUGAUAGCGUAACUGGAAUGGAAUGGUUGCAACCUAAUGAGGACCAGAAUCAGGCUCUGGAGAUGGUUUGCGCUGUACAAAGUCCGGGAGACAGAAUUUUCAAUUUCCCAGAUCGGUUUCCAGUCCAGGACGUUGACACAGAGGAAGACACAUCCAAACCUCCACCAUACAUCAGAAUGACUUGAAAAAGUGAUAGAACAUUUUCAAGCUACUAGUCUAAAUGUGUAGCAAGAUGGAUGUGAGAAGUUCUUCAUCCUCAAGACGGCUGUGCACUUUCCCUGGGCCUUUUAAAAAGCACCCACAGAAAGAACUAUUGACUGCCCAGUGGUCAGCAAAGAUCCCAGUGCAAAUGACUACAGAUAUUUUUGGAUGUUCAGACUUUACAUAGUUAAAAUACCUCAUUGUCUCUGGAAAGCAUGAGCUUUUUUCCUCCAGCUUUUGUACUUAAUUCAUGUUUUAUUCCUCUAGAAUUCAUCAUGCAAUUUGUCUAGCAGUGCUAGCCUGAUGCAUUCAAAUAUUAAAUACUAUUAAUUUUUAAA